CAUAAAUUUUCUUUAAUUUUGAGAGGGAGGGAGUAUAUAUAAGAUGAGAAACUGUGAGAGUGUUUAUCUCAGCUCACUCAUCACAUGCAGAUACAUACUCGGAUAGAUCCCGGCCAAUUGAAUGAAUACAAAUUAAUUACAUGUCCUGAAAUAUAAUAUAAUAUAAUAAAAUGGUGAAUCCGAUAUCGGCGGGGGUUCUGGAGAUAUGGGACGACUGGAAGAUCAAAGGGUCGGUGCUGGGCAGUUUGGGCAUCCAAAUCAGCCUGGUCCUCAUGACCCCCUUGCGCAAGAAAACCAGCCUCAGGGCGGUGAUAGCCAUGGUCUGGUCCUGCUACUUGCUCGCCGACGGGGUCGCCGUCUUCGGCCUCGGCCAGAUUUUCAACAUCAAGCAGGAGACCGGGUCCGAGUGCAACUCCAGGCCCCCGUCCUCGUUGUCCUCCACCUCCAAGAACAACGAGUUCGGGGACUUGGCGGUCCUGUGGUGCACUUUCCUCCUAGUGCACCUCUGCGGGCCCGACACCAUCACCGCCUUCUCCCUUCCCGACACGCAGCUCUGGCUCCGCCAGUUCAUUCAAAUGCUCGUCCAGGCCGUCUCCACUUUCCAUCUCAUCUUGCUCACCCUCCGCUGCAACAAGGAAUUAUGACUUGGCCGGCAACACUCACUAUGUAAUGCAACUUAAUUGUACUCUCUCUCCUCAAGUUUGACUACAUUAAUUGUACACUCAUUAUGUAAUGGAACCAAAUUAAGGUAAAUUUACGUAAAUAAUACUCCCUCCCUCCCGGAUCGUCCAGUUUUGACUUUUGGAAUUGCUCAUUUAAGUACUUUGACUCAUCAAAUUCUCUCAAUGUGUAAGUCUAAAUAUAGUCAUGUGUGAUCUUGUUUGAUUUGUCUUAACAUAUUGAUUAUUAAUAUAUAAUUUCUAUAAUUUUUUAAUAUAGAAAUUACAAGAUAAAAUGGAUUAAAGAAGUGUAUUGGAU